GCAAAUGUAUAUAUGUUCCUCUAUAUAUAAAGAGAAUAAUGUGAAUGGGCUAAUUAAAGGCAUGAGAGACCAAGCUAAAGGGGCACAAAGACCGCUUUGUUUAACACACAAUUAUUGAUUGAGUACACAGUUCUUCUUAAUUGGUACCCUCGAUCAGCUCUCUUCACACCAAAAUCCAAUAUAAAUUAAGAGAUGGAUUUUGGGUGUCAAAAGAGAUGCCUUUUGUUGACUGGUGCCAUAUUUUUUCUUCUUCAACUGCAACUGUUUGUAGUUGUAACUUUGUCAUCUAAAACACAAGCCUUAUCAUCCUCCUAUAAUAAUAAUAAUAAUAUAAAUAGUAGUAGUGGUUCAUCAGUAAAAAGGGGGAGAGAAUUAUUGGGGUGUGAUUUGUUCAAGGGAAAAUGGGUUGUUGAUAAUUCAUACCCGCUUUAUGCAGCUUCUAGCUGUCCCUAUAUUGAUUCUGAAUUUGAUUGCUCUAAACACGGCCGCCCGGACUCUCAGUAUCUAAAGUAUGCUUGGCAACCCCAGUCAUGUAAUUUGCCCAGGUUCAAUGGGUUGGAUUUGUUGAGCAAAUGGAGAGGGAAGAAGGUGAUGUUCGUGGGUGACUCACUGAGUCAGAAUAUGUGGCAAUCGUUAGCUUGUUUGCUCCAUGCAUCUGUACCCAAAUCUAAGACAUCUUUUCAACACAAAGACUCUCUUACUUCCCUUACGUUUCAGGAUUAUGGAGUAACUAUAAGUUUAUAUCGCUCGACAUACUUGGUUGAUAUUGUGAAAGAAAACAUUGGCCGCGUACUGAAAUUGGAUUCCAUUCAAGGAGGCAAUGCGUGGAAAGGGAUGGAUGUGUUGGUUUUCAAUUCAUGGCAUUGGUGGACACACAAAGGACGACUACAACCAUGGGAUUAUGUGCAAUAUGGCUCAACUGUAUCAAAAGAUAUGGACCGUCUGGAUGCAUAUUAUAAAGGCAUGACAACAUGGGGGAAAUGGGUCGACCUUAAUGUUGAUCCAUCCAAAACCAAAGUAAUAUUUCAAGGGAUCUCUCCUUCACAUUACGAGGGGAAGGAAUGGGGAUCAUCCUCCAAGAGUUGUUAUGGAGAACUCCAACCGCUGCAAGGGUCAACGUAUCCUGCAGGGUUACCUGAAGCACAAGGUGUUUUGAACAGAGUUCUAGGGGGUGUAAAGAAACCCGUUUACUUGCUAGACAUCACGACCUUAUCGCAGUUGAGGAAGGAUGCACAUCCCGAAUCUUAUGGUGGCGGUUCAGGUGUAGAUUGCAGUCAUUGGUGUGUUCCUGGGCUGCCCGAUACUUGGAACCAACUCCUAUAUGCAAGCUUUACUUAAUUGAAAAAUUAUGUUGUUGUGUGCCGGUCUAAGAUAACGUUUUGAUCUUCGUUGGAUCGAUCAAGAUAACGUUUUUUUAAUCUUCUCAUCACUACCUGAAUUACAAGAUAAGUUUGUGUUCAA